GCUGUUCACACUUGUUAACAAUACACAAUCAACAGGAGAGAAAAAAAAACCUUCGGAAAUUAUUUUUAGCUUGAAAAAUAAUAUUUCAUUCAGUGACAAAAAAUGGCACAAAAUAAUGAUGGACCAUCAAAUAAAAAAAGAAAGCUAAACAAAGAUGAGAUGAAAAGAGUUUGUGAUCUCCUGAGCAUUCGCGUUGGAAAACUAAAUGUUGAUGAAAAUCAAAAAAUUACUCUAUUAGUUGAUGACAUGAAAAUGGAUGCAAUGAACAUUACUCAAGAUGAAUAUGCACUCUUAGAUAAAUCUUAUUUUUCUCGAAAUACUGAAAACGUUGACAUGGAUUGUUGUAAAUUCAAACAAACAAAAAAUUUUAACAUUGAUUUGGAUAUCAGGACAAUACUCAAGACAAUAAAUGUUAAAGGAUACAUUGAUCAAUGUACAUUAAAUUACUACAAAACUGGUGAUUUUAAAGCUCCACAUCAUCAUGGAUAUCGUCAAAGAUUUAAAGGUACAUUGAUUUUGUUAUUACCAUCAGAAUAUGUUGGGGGUGAAUUUUGUUUUGGUGAUUAUAAUGCUGAAAAAGACAUAGAUAAAUCAACAUUAAGAUUUAUUUAUUUUAAUAAUGGAUUGCAACCUUCAGUUACUAAAGUUUCAAGUGGCAAUCGUUUAUCAUUGGUUUAUAAUGUUCAUGGUCCUAAUUAUGAGCGAAAAAAUGUUAUUGGAUCCGAUGACACUGAUAUUUAUUUGCCUGAUGAACAUUACAAGAAACUAUUGGAUUAUACAAUCAACUAUUGUAAAGGAAAAACAAACAUAUUGCUUGGUCUCUAUAAAUAUCGUGAUGCUGCAUUUAAUAAACGUUUACGUAAUGAUAUUAAAGCUAAAUAUAAAGUUAUUAAAGUAGCAGUCGACGAAGUUUCUUCAAUCAGUCAAGUUACAACAGUAUAUUCAUUAAAAUAUGACUUAUAUGAGGAUGAUAAAUAUGCUCUAGCUGACCGAGGAGGAAGGGAAAAAGAAUUUAGGCACCUUGUUGAUGAAGAGUUUGAGGUUCGACACAAAUUAUUUGCCGAACACUGUGCUUUAAAGUAUAAGAAAAUCGAUUUAACCAUUGAAUAUAGAGACAGGUACAAAGAUUCAAUUGAAAAAGAGUACUCAGUUGACAUCUACACUGCUCAUUUGAUCAAUCCAAAUAGUGAUUAUGAUAGUAAUGACGACGAUAGUUAUGAUGAUAAUUAUGAUGACGAUGAUACAGAUUAG